CACAGUGUGUUGUAACGUGCAGUAAGGUCACACAGAGGCUGUUUACAUCAGCUAACACAGCUAACAGUGUAGUACAGGUUAUAUAUAUUUAUAAUUCGGUUUAUUAACUAACCGGUGAUUCAUCGACGGAAACAGUUUGACCACCGGAAACGGGCUGAACUGGUGAGUUUGACACAGUCAGACGUCAGAUCCUCAGUCAGAAGACUUCUCAGCCAAUCAGAGCUCAGCGUGCGGCCCCUCACCUGCAGAGAGCCUGAAAGAACCCACAGGAGACACAGAGGAGCAUCGUGGUGCGUUCAGGGCCCUCACUGUUCAGUGUGUAGCUCCAGCUUUACACUCAUGACACGUUCAGGGUCCAACGUCCCGCUCAGUGUCUGCGUGUGAUCAGUGAUCCAACAGGACGCUCAGUGAUGAACUCUGACCUUCACGCCACACAGUCUGUCAGAGACACUGCAGCUGAAGAGACUCCAGCGCUGCUGUCCAACGUGUCCUCCAGCUUCCUGUCGUCCCUGAUCUGAGGUCUGUUUGAGUCCGGAUGGCUCGGCACAGUAAGCUGCAGAAGCAGGUCCUGGCUCUGUACCGGCAGUUCCUGCGGGCCGGCCGGGACAAACCGGGCUUCAUCCCUCGAAUCCGUGACGAGUUCAGAGAGAACGCUCAGAUCAAGAAGACGGACGUGAUGCACAUCGAGUAUCUGUACCGGCGAGGACAGAGACAGCUGGAGCAGCUGAGGGACGUCAACACCAAGCAGCUGGGCUCCUUCUCCAAACCUGCUGACAAGAGCUGACCUCUGACCUCUGACCUCUGAGUGACCCCGACACAGACCUCUCAGUGACCUGGUUCACACCUCACUGUGAUGCUGAGACGCUGCGUUCAAGUACAGUGGGGACAUAACAUGAUGAAACACGUUUUAGAUGUUAAAUAGUGUGAAAAUGUUCUCUGACUGUUUAGACUGAAUAAACUUCUUUGACCUCA